GUCUGCCAUUGGUCGGGGCCGGGCCCUGGGCCGGAGAGUUGGUGGAAAGUGACAAGUUGAGCGAGGCUGUGAGCAGGGGAGCGAGCGCACAGAGCGGGAGGAGCCGCUGCCGCCGAACGAGCCCCGAGAUCACAGCCCCCCGGCGCAGGGCGCGCUCUUCUCAGAGCCCGAGCUGAUGAGACUCGCCCUCCGCGACUGCAACCCAGACAGCCCGGGACUGAACUGACGGUCCGGCCACGGCAAAGCUGCAGCCGGAGGGCUACGGAGGGACUGCACUUACGGGGUCCUGAGCUGCCGGUUGGAGGCAGCGAAGGAGCAGGUUAGAGGGACAAAGAACUUCGCAGACGCCCCCGGCAUCCUGCGGGGAGAGCAACCCGGACGAGGUGGCUGGGACUCCGGGCAGAGCCCGUGGAUGUGCUGCGCGCGGCCUGGGAGCUGCUGCCGCUGUGAGAGGAGGAAUGCACCGGCCGCGCCACCGCGGGGCGCGCCCGCUGCUCCUGGCGCUGCUGGCUGCGCUGCUGCUGGCGGCGCGCGGGACCGCUGCCCAAGAAACAGAGCUGUCCUUCAGUGCUGAGUUAGUGCCUACCUCACCGUGGAACAUUUCAAGUGAGCUCGACAAAGAUUCUUUCCUGACCCUUGAUGAACCGAUGAAUAAUAUCACCACGUCCCUGGGGCAGACGGCAGAACUGCACUGCAAAGUCUCUGGGAACCCGCCUCCCACCAUCCGCUGGUUCAAAAAUGAUGCACCUGUGGUCCAGGAGCCUCGGAGGAUCUCCUUUCGGGCAACCAACUAUGGAUCUCGGCUCCGGAUUAGAAACCUGGACACCACGGACACCGGCUACUUCCAGUGUGUGGCGACAAACGGCAAGAAGGUGGUUUCCACCACUGGAGUCUUGUUUGUCAAGUUCGGUCCCCCUCCCACCGCAAGUCCAGGAUCCUCAGAUGAGUACGAAGAAGAUGGAUUCUGUCAGCCAUACAGAGGGAUUGCGUGUGCCAGAUUUAUUGGCAACCGCACUGUCUACAUGGAGUCUUUGCACAUGCAAGGGGAAAUAGAAAAUCAGAUCACAGCCGCCUUCACCAUGAUUGGCACCUCCAGUCACUUAUCUGAUAAGUGUUCUCAGUUUGCCAUUCCUUCUCUGUGCCACUAUGCCUUCCCGUACUGUGAUGAAACCUCAUCUGUCCCAAAGCCCCGGGACUUGUGUCGCGAUGAAUGUGAAAUCCUGGAAAACGUCCUGUGUCAGACGGAGUACAUUUUUGCAAGAUCCAAUCCCAUGAUUCUGAUGAGGCUGAAACUGCCCAACUGUGAAGAUCUCCCCCAGCCAGAAAGCCCCGAAGCUGCAAACUGCAUCCGGAUUGGAAUACCCAUGGCAGAUCCUAUAAAUAAAAAUCACAAGUGCUACAACAGCACAGGUGUGGACUACCGGGGGACCGUCAGUGUGACCAAAUCUGGGCGCCAGUGCCAGCCGUGGAAUUCCCAAUAUCCCCACACACACACCUUCACCGCCCUCCGUUUCCCAGAACUGAAUGGAGGGCACUCCUAUUGCCGCAACCCAGGAAAUCAGAAGGAAGCUCCCUGGUGCUUCACCUUGGAUGAGAACUUUAAGUCCGACCUGUGUGACAUCCCAGCAUGUGAUUCAAAGGAUUCCAAAGAGAAGAAUAAAAUGGAAAUCCUGUACAUACUGGUGCCCAGUGUUGCCAUCCCCCUGGCCAUUGCCUUACUCUUCUUCUUCAUCUGUGUCUGUCGCAAUAACCAGAAGUCGUCCUCACCACCUGUCCAGAGGCAACCGAAACACGUCAGAGGCCAAAAUGUAGAGAUGUCCAUGUUGAAUGCCUAUAAACCCAAGAGCAAGGCUAAAGAGCUGCCUCUUUCUGCUGUACGUUUUAUGGAAGAAUUGGGUGAAUGUGCCUUUGGAAAGAUCUAUAAGGGCCAUCUCUAUCUCCCAGGCAUGGACCAUGCUCAGUUAGUUGCCAUAAAGACCUUGAAAGACUAUAACAACCCCCAGCAGUGGACAGAAUUUCAACAGGAAGCCUCCCUGAUGGCCGAACUUCACCACCCCAAUAUUGUCUGCCUUCUGGGGGCUGUCACUCAGGAACAACCUGUGUGUAUGCUUUUUGAGUACAUGAAUCAGGGGGAUCUCCACGAGUUCCUCAUCAUGCGGUCCCCACACUCAGAUGUUGGCUGUAGCAGUGAUGAAGAUGGGACAGUAAAAUCCAGCCUGGAUCACGGAGAUUUUCUGCACAUUGCGAUUCAGAUUGCAGCUGGCAUGGAGUACCUGUCCAGUCACUUCUUUGUCCAUAAGGACCUCGCGGCUCGCAAUAUUCUCAUCGGAGAGCAGCUUCACGUAAAGAUUUCAGACCUUGGGCUUUCCAGAGAAAUAUACUCUGCUGAUUACUACAGGGUACAGAGUAAGUCUUUGCUGCCCAUUCGCUGGAUGCCCCCCGAAGCCAUCAUGUAUGGCAAAUUCUCCUCUGAUUCAGAUAUCUGGUCUUUUGGGGUAGUCUUGUGGGAGAUUUUUAGUUUUGGACUCCAGCCGUAUUACGGAUUUAGUAACCAGGAAGUGAUCGAAAUGGUGAGAAAACGACAGCUGUUACCAUGCUCUGAAGACUGCCCCCCCAGAAUGUACAGCCUCAUGACAGAGUGCUGGAAUGAGAUUCCUUCCAGGAGGCCAAGGUUCAAAGAUAUUCACGUGCGGCUUCGGUCCUGGGAAGGACUCUCGAGUCACACCAGCUCUACUACCCCUUCCGGAGGAAAUGCCACCACACAGACCACAUCCCUUAGUGCCAGCCCAGUGAGUAAUCUCAGUAACCCCAGAUAUCCCAAUUACAUGUUCCCGAGCCCGGGUAUCACAGCACAGGGCCAGAUUGCUGGGUUCAUCAGCCCACCCAUACCUCAGAACCAGCGAUUCAUCCCCGUCAAUGGAUACCCAAUACCUCCUGGAUACGCCGCCUUUCCAGCUGCCCACUAUCAGCCGGCAGGUCCUCCCAGAGUGAUUCAGCACUGCCCACCUCCCAAGAGCCGGUCCCCGAGCAGUGCCAGUGGGUCAACUAGUACUGGGCAUGUGACCAGCUUGCCUUCUUCAGGAUCCAAUCAGGAAGCAAACAUCCCCUUACUACCACACAUGUCGAUUCCGAAUCAUCCUGGUGGAAUGGGUAUCACCGUCUUUGGCAACAAAUCCCAAAAACCCUACAAAAUAGACUCAAAGCAGCCCUCUUUGCUAGGAGACGCCAACAUUCAUGGACACACCGAAUCUAUGAUUUCUGCAGAACUGUAAAGUGCACGACUUUUGUAAAUGUGGUAUACAGGAAAAACUAGAAAGUCGUAGAAAAGAUUUAUAUUCAAAUGUUUUUUUUAUUAAAGUAAGGUUCUCAUUUAGCAGACAUUGCAACCAGUAUCUUCUGUGAAGUUUAACUGUGUCGUACCAAGCAGGGCAGACACCAGCCAGAAAGAAAGAAAGAAACAUUGUGGGAUUAACACUCCAUCAGGGUGUGUGCCAUGGCAUUGGGAUUGGUACAUCUGGUUUCAAGUACUGAAAACUGCACACCAGUGAAGAGGAAAAGAACCUUAUGAUUCAGGAUCAAACCAAAAAGGAAGGUCAAAGGGUGCUUUGUGUAGUCACGUUCAGUCGCCAUGACUGGUCUAUCCCCCAAAUGUACAUACCAUUAGCAUUUGUCUACCUGCUGUCUUUUCUUCAGGACAGAUGUUCAGGAAUUAUGUUGAUUCAAUUUAGACUCUAUGCAUGUGUGUGUGGAAGAGAUGUUCAAAAUCAAGGAGGAAACUUUAGGCCAAAUUAAAAAUCUCAGAUGGAAACGAGCCAUAGACAAGUAUAAGUUUCCCUAGAGCCUUCUGCACAGCAGAGCUUCUUUGGAAAGGUGCAGAGUGUGCCUCUGUGAAUCUCCUCUGUUGAUCAUGAAGGCCUUUUCCACAGGGUGUUUACGCAAGCCCUUGAAAUAAUAUAGGGCGUCAGAUCCUAAGAAGGCUAGAUAUGGAUGCCGAGAUUGAUUGUUGGUUGACAGUUCACUUUGUUGCAUUAGAAACGAGGCACCAAAGCCAGCACAGUCAGGAAAAUGGCCCCUCGGGCUAGAGCAGCCUCCAUGGGAAAGGAACAAGGGUUUCCAUGGAGACAGUCUCACAGGAGCUUCCCUGGACCAAUAUCAUUGAAGAAUAGAGGUGUGGCUCAGACCAGCCUAUCAGGGCUUGCCUCCUCCCUCUUAUGAGUAGUUCAAGUUAUUGGGGUACUCGUGGUAAGCGGACUCUGGGGAAGGAGGAAGCUCUAUGACACAAAUAUCUAGUUAAUUUGACGUUUCUCUCUUUUUUUUUUUCUGAUGGAUGUUCACAGAUUUUAUUCCAGCACCAAGAAUUAUGACAAUUUAUUCAUAGACUUAGUUGGAAUCCAAAGACUAUGAAUUCUAUUCCACAAAACAUUACAGUAUUUUUAAAACAUGAGUACUGAGUUCUCACUUCAAAGAUUACCAUGAAUUGAAUUUUUUAAGCUGGUAAAUAGAAGCAACAUGAUUAUUCUUGCCUUAGGUAGGGGAAAGUAUCAAAUGUGCAUCUCGUGCCUUACCUGCUAACCAUCUUUUGCCAAGCUUGGAAUUCUUAUGGGUUUCAAGCUCUAUAUAGAAAGGAAUGUUAUGACUGAUUUUUCUCUUGUUAAAAAAUGACUCCUUUCUUCUAAGAACAGUGUCUCAAAGUCUCAUUUUUUUUUUAUUUUACAGCUGAAGAGACUUAUAAAGAGACCUACAGUAUAUAAAGUAAUUCCUGGAAAUGGUAUUUGAUGAGGAGAAUGUAAGAGAAUAAGAAGCAUGUUGACGUUUCAAUUUUGUAAAAAGUAAUGCAAUUAGGAUGAGAAAUCAAAGAAAUAUGUUUACGAAAAUGCUUUGCAAUUUUCCUAAACACUGAAUCUUCAAACAACAAACAUGGACUUAUAGGUACUGUGAACUCGAAGAAUUGGCUAUAUUCAGAUUUAUUGGGAGAUAAAUUAAGACAUAUUUGUAUGGCAUAAAUAAGCUGAUUCAGAAGUUACAUUUCUUAACUUUAGUUAGAGGAGAAUAUUUGUAUCCUUUUGUUGCUAUGCAACUGUUUAAUGGUGAAGAUUCAAACCACAAUUUUGUAUAUCAUACGACAAUCAAUUGUUUUCCAAGAAUAUUUAUUAUUUUAAGUAAACACAAUUUCAGUGAAUCUGAGUUUUUCUAGGAGUCCCUUAAAGGGAAAUUAGCAUUCCGUGAGCCAGUAAAAUAUCUACUCUGGAAAAACAUUACUAUGGGUAAAAAAUAAAUUCCAGUUAGUUUUUUAUAAAGAACUAUAACAUUUAUUUUUAACAUUUUAUAAUUACUGAAGUCCUUAAAGUGAGCAAACUAAAUUUCAAAACCACUUGUCAUAAUGUAUUUUAUAAUAGCACUGUGAUACUACAUAACACAGUCCCUUUUGUAUUAAAAUAGUAUUUUUUUUUCACAGACUGAAGAGUAUCUUCUGCUUUGUUGACCAUGUUUUGUAAGAUGACUUUAUUUUCAGAUCUUUUCCCCUUUUUGCACAAAACUAUGUUUAUGGUUUGUAUCACAGAAGUGAAAAUAUAUCUCUGCAUUUUUAUAUCUGGUCUGUUUCCUUGUUUGCUUUGUUUUUAACUCGAUAUAGAUUUUCUUCAAAUAUAUAAUGGCAAUAUUCAGAUAUCUCACCCUAUCAUAUCUUUCCUUAUUUUCACUGCAUGCAUUUAAUCACUGUAUUACUUAAUGUUUGAUUUGUUAUUAUGGGCAUUCCAAAUAGACAAGUAUGGAAUUGUAUGACAAGAAGCCUAUUUUAUAUUGGGGAUAUAUGCAUUUGUAUUUCACACACCAGAGAUGAUAUUAAACACUGAUUAUUUUAUGCUGCUGUUUAUUAAAAAUGUUUACU